GUUUACUAAUUUACAACUUCGAAGUGAUGAACCCUAAAUUCCCAAUUUAGCUUUAAAGUACAAAAACUGCUCGUUCACUACUUUUUAUCAAAAUAAAUAGAAAUCCGGGAUUUGGGUUAACACACAGAGAUGGCCAAAAGAUUAGGCUCGCAGCUCUUCGUCAGCAGGUUAUCAUCGUUCACUUCCAGUGAACAGCUCAGGAAAUUGUUCUCUCCUUUUGGAAAUGUUACAGAAGCUAGGUUAAUUAUGGAUCGUCGAACUGAUAGACCAAAAGGUUUUGGUUUUGUUACUUACCAGUCAGAUGUUGAGGCACAAAAAGCUUUGAAGGCAAUGGAUGGCAGGAUGGUUGACGGGAGGCUGAUUUUUGUUGAAGUUGCCCAGACUGGAAGGCAUGAAAACGAUACCUAUUCUUGAGGGAAGUUAACUUGGUCAUUGUCUUGUUCAAUAUGUCUUCAUGCCCACAUGCUUUGUAGCUUUCAGUGUUGGCCGGUUGAAUCGACGAAAAUGGAAUGGUUUAGGAUUGAACUCAAAUCAGAUUACCAUGCUUUCUUUUUUUUUUUCUUUUUUUUUCCGCAUUGAAAAGGGAUAUAGAGUUUGAGAAAUAAGGAUUGAGAAUUCAACUUCGCUUAUGCUAAACGAUGAGAUUACUAUUCUUGAUUGUUUCUCUUA